AUGGACACCGAGGAUGGACAAGUUUUCAUAAGGAACUUGGCCUACUUUGUACGCACCCACGAAAAGGCGCUCGCAAAUGCCAUGCAGCUGCAGCGACAAGCUCCCAAACAUGGCCAGACUAUAACAACGUCACCUUCCUCACCCACGGGCCCCGCCAGCCCCCCCUCGUCCUCGACCUCGAGUGUCUGGGCCGCAGCCCUGUCGCUCCCCUCGUUGACCUUCACCUCGCAAGCAGUCAAGCCGGCAAAGCUGACCCUGACCCCACACCAUCUCUUCUACCUUCUCUCGCAGUUUGAGGAUCUCGGCAUACCCGUAGGCCCCAUGAACGUGCGCUUGGAGAAUAUCCACACAGAUGCAUCGCCCACCAACUACGUAUCCUUUCUGGGUAGCGCCCAGCGUCAUAAGACCAAGUCAUCUGACCGUGACUCGAUCCAUUCUGUGUCCAGCGUCCGUAGUGUCAUGUCUGGCAUGUCUUCGCUGUGGUCCUCUCUUCGCAUGGGGUCCAACAGUGCAGCCAAGGCCGAGAAGCAAAAGGCACAACUUCAGGAAGAUCUGCGCUAUCUGUAUUCUGCAUUUACCAAGAUCCCAUGCUUGAGGCUGGCCCCAGAUCACAAGGCUCAUCUGAUAGCCGGCUACGAAGAAUUCCCCUUUGACACCGCUGUGCCCCUGUUUGCGUUCAAAAAUGUUACAGCACUCGAGAUACACGACGUAGAUUUUCGCCAGUUUUAUGGCUGGGAUCGUCUGGCAGACAAUCUGCGAAGUCUUACCGUGAAGCGGGCCAAUGUCGAUGAUCCUGCUGAUUUACUCAUCAACAUCGUGUUGGACGAUAUUGACAAGCGCCGUAGACGAUCUGCCAAAGCAGCUCCUUCUCACACGGCGCCCUGGUCGACUGCCAGCCCGCCUCCCAAGCAGAGUCAAAUAGCCAGGUCAGAGUCACCGCCAUCUUCCCCGUCGGCAGCUAGCAAGCAGAGCACAAGCCCAAGAGGUACAACAUUGGCCCGAGAGCAUCCCUCAAAGGCUGCACAGCGCCAACGGAGUACUUCCCCGACGCGACCGCCCAGUUCUCGACAUGGAUCAUCCCAUAUCUACGGUAGAAGUGGCACCAGCGCGCCAAACAUUAGACGCUCUUCUGGAAGCUCAGGAUCCAGUGUGCGAUCUGCUACCCCACGAGGCAGCUCUUCCAACCUCUUAUCGCUUGGUUGGUUCCCCGCUACCAAGUGGCGGUUUCUCCGCCAUCUCAGCUUAGCUGACAAUGCAUUGACUACUAUUUCUGCUGCCAGUCUUGCGCCUUUGGCCAACACACUUCAGUCUCUCGACCUCUCUGCUAACCUCUUCACGGAGAUUCCAGACAGCCUCGCUAGCAUGACUUGUCUCCGCGCGCUGAACCUCUCGAGCUGCUUGAUUGUGAGCCUACAGUCACUUGGACGCAAUCCGCUUCCCGCAAUCACAACGCUCAACCUCCGCUCGAAUCGAUUGAACACACUGGCUGGAGUGGAGCGAUUGCUGUCGCUAGAGCGCAUAGACAUACGAGACAAUAGACUGACCGAUCCUACCGAGAUUGCACGACUCACUGGUGUUCCUGAUAUUCGCGAAGUCUAUGUGUCCCGCAAUCCGUUUUGCAAGACGCAUGCAACGUAUCGAGUGACCAUCUUUAACUUGUUUCGGAAGACGCCAGGGUACACUGAAGAUGUCAUCAUCGACACACAAGGACCUAGCGCGGCCGAAAAGAAACAGCUCGUGGACCGAGUGCCUGAACCGCCCGGCGUACCUGUGGUCAAACCGCCAACUGAAGACGAUAUGCCUCCUCCUGCACAUGUUCCUCCCAAGGUUGUCAAGGCGAUUGAUGCUACGGUUGACGCACCGGAUGCUCUCCGACGCACCACUUCUUUGCAGCGAACUAAGAGUGCGCGCAGCAAACAGGAAUCCCAGCGGAAGAAGAAAGGACCUAAGCGGAGGAUAGUCGAGUUGUCUCAGACUGAUGCAUCAAAGCAAUCUUCGCCGUCUACCUUCAGUAGCAUCAGCUACGACUCUACCACACCGGGUGAUGCUCCUAGGAUCAUCAAGCCCAAUGAUGACGGAGCUGCAAAGGCUACACCCCGCCUUGAGGAGCUCGUAAAUGACCCAAACUCCGGAGACGCCAGAAAGAAGAAAAUCUCAGACGAGCGUGUCGUUACCGACGAAACUCAUACUACACAUCAACAGCUGCCUCCCCUUGAUACGACCGCGUCGAGCAAGUCUCCGGGGUUGGACCAGGCAUCGGUGGACGACAGUGAAGACGUUUACAAGAAGAAGAUUGAGGCUUUGCGCCAGGACUUUGGUAACACGUGGUUGACCGCGCUGGGAGAGGAGAGCUGGGACAAUACUUCGGUGACCAGCUUCCCUUCUGACCACGGGUACAAUUCACCCAACAUGCGCCCAACAUUACCUCGAACGCCCAGCCAAGGCAUAGUCUCUGGCCGUACCCUGGGAUAA